GAGGCAGUGAAGAAUGCCACCAAUGAGCAGGACCUUGCCAACCGCUUCAAAGAGUUUGGCAAGGAGAUGGUGAAGCUCAACUAUGUGGCUGCCCGCAGACAGCAGGAGCUGAAAGACCCCCAAUGCCGGGACGAAAUGGCAGCAGCACGCGGCGCCCUGAAGAAGAACGCCACCAUGCUCUACACGGCCUCGCAGGCCUUCCUGCGCCACCCGGACGUGGCAGCCACGCGCGCCAACCGCGACUACGUCUUCAAGCAGGUGCAGGAGGCCAUCGGGGGCAUCAGCAGCGCCGCCCAGGCCACCUCGCCCGGCGACGAGAAGCACGGCCACGCUGGCAUCGGCGAGCUGGCCGCGGCCCUCAACGAGUUUGACAACAAGAUCAUCCUGGACCCGCUGACGUUCAGCGAGGCGCGUUUCCGCCCCUCCCUGGAGGAGCGCCUGGAAGCAUCAUCAGCGGCGGCCCCCUCAUGGCCGACUCGUCCUGCACCCGCACGACCGCCCGCGAGCCAUCGUGGCUGA